CACGUCCAACUUCUCGCCUCGUCUUCUUCUUUAUAACCCGCACCGCCACCUCCUUCGCCGCAUGCCAUCGAAUCGAUCCUCCUACCAUCGACCUAAACCCGGUUUAGCUUAAGCUCUCGUGUCGUGUGCUCGGCAAUCGUACAGUCGUGUUUGUGUUUCUUGUCGUCAUGAUUCUUCCUCAGGCGCCGGCAUUCCUUCUUCUGGCUGUCGCCGCCGCCGCGGGGGCGGCGGCGGCGGCGGAUGGCUCCGUGCAGGGCGUGGGGGACGCUGCCGCGUCGUGCUCCGGCGCGGGGGGAUUCUUCGCCGCUGACAGCUCCUUCGCCGGCAACCUGGGCCGGCUCGUGUCGCUCCUCGAGGCCAAGGCGCCGGCCAUCGGGUUCGACAUCGCCACGGUCGGCGGCGAAGGCGGCGAGGAGCGCGUGCACGGCCUGGCGCUCUGCCGCGGGGACGUCGCCAGGGCGACGUGCGCCGAGUGCAUCCGCGCCGCGGGCGCGCAGGCCCGGCGCGUGUGCCCGUCCAAGAAGGACGCCGUCGUCUGGCUCGACGCCUGCAUGCUCCGCUACUCUGGGGAGCCCUUCUUCGGCGAGGUCGACGCCGACCACCGCGCCGUCGUCCCGCUUGCCCGCGUCCAGGGAGCGGACAGGUCGGCCGACCUCGACAAGGAGGUCUCCCACCUGAUGAAGCGCCUGACGAGGAAGGCCUACCUCUCGCCGCUGCUGUUCGCCGCCGGGGAGGCCGUGGCCGUCGGCGGCGCGCAGAGGCUGCACGGGAUGGCGCAGUGCACCAAGGACCUCUCCGGCGGCGACUGCAAGAUGUGCCUCGAAUCCGCCAUUGGUCAACUGGCGGCGAGGGGUUGCGCCAAGGAGGGAGGCAAAGUGUUAGGUGGAAGCUGCAGCCUGAGAUAUGGUUUCUACCCCUUCUCUGAUUCCUAGGCUAACUUAUUACUAGCAUUUUGAUUUUGAUUUUUGUCAGUUUUAAACUUGUAAUUAAGGUGACCACAUUGUGUACAGAGAUUCACAUGUAAUCAGAUACUACUACAAGAAAUAGUAACUCUGCUAAUAAAUAUUGCAGAAAAAAAAAUAAUGCCUUUCAGCUAUACUAAAACAUUCACAUUUUUUCAGUUCUCAAUGGACACUAGUAACACGGAUUAGAAAUAUAAGCAUCAUCAAUUGUAUUUGU